AUGGCCAGCCUACGCCCACAACUUCCCAUCCUUCAAACCAACCAUAUUGAACGUCCACCCGACUUUGACAUAGCCUUAUCUGGAGACGAUUUGGUCCCCAGAGUAGGCCGUGAUGCCCACCUCGAGCCGAUCGAUGAAACUAUACCACUGGAACUCCCUAAUGAACGCACCAUCAAACUAGGCGCUACCUUACAACACAAACAAUGCGAGAUCCUUACAUCUACCCUCAUCAGCAACACUUACCUCUUUGCCUGGUUCGUCGCUGACUUACCCGACGUUGACGCUCAAGUCGUAGCCCACAAACUCUCCAUUUACAAGGAUGCCAAAUAUGUCUCCCAGAAGAAACAGAAGCUUGGUGAAGAACAUCGACUAGCGGCCAAGAUCGAAGCCGACAAGUUACUUAACGCAGGGUUCAUCGAAGCAGCCUACUACACCACCUUACUCUCCAAUGUAGUCUUUGUCAAAAAAGCUAACAGCAAGUGGCGAAUGUGCGUCGAUUACACGGAUCUCAAUAAAACCUGUCCUAGGGACGCCUACCUUUUACCCAAUAUUGACAUGCUAGGUGACGGUGGCACAGGUAACAAAGUCCUCGGUUUCCUUGAUGCAUAUUUUUGUUACAACCAGAUUCCCAUGGCCACAACCGAUAUGAACAAAACCGCCUUCAUUACAGACGACGCCAACUACUUUUACAAAGUUAUGCCAUUCGGCCACAAAAACGCAAGAGCAACUUAUCAACAGCUAAUGGAUAAGGUCUUUAGCCACAUAAUGGGCAUAGAGGCUAACCCCGAGAAAUGCAAUGCAAUCAUUGAGAUGCGAAGCCCCAACAGUGUCAAAGAACUACAACGCCUCAUUGGCCAUCUAACCGCCAUUUCCCGCUUCCUUCCCAAAUUGUUCGAGCAAACCCAACCCAUCAUUCAACCGAAAAGUUCUCGUGCAACGACGAAUGUGAACAAACGGGAUGUUACAGUUUCGCUAGAGGAGGCUCUACCUCUUCUGCCAGAAAGAGACCCCUCCGCCAUAUCCAAUCAAUCAACCACAUUACCCAUUCCCAUCACAGACACCGCAUGCUUCCCAUAA